CAACGUAUAAAUCAAGGCGGCGCGAGCAGGGCAUCAGAAAGAAGCAACUUAGGACUAUAACAGUCGUGCAGGAGUCUAGUGAAACCCAAAUAGAGGGUCCACAAGCUGAGCCAACAAUGCCGACUCCAGCGGACCGUGCCUGGUUCGACAGUAGUCUACCUUCUACGCAUGUCGCCCUACGUUCUGAUAUGAGACUUCUGAUGACCUUUCUCGAUGGAUCGGACCUGGCUACUCUUAUUGAUACUGAGCCCGUCUACCAAGAGCCUGUAGAUGUUACCGAACCUGGAAUGUGGGGUGGCAAUCAGAACGGAGCUUCAUAUCUCGAUUCAGACGUCGCCAUGUUGCAAAUAGCGGCUUUACGAAGAUUACAGCAACACGUGGACAAGCUGGGUUCCGAGACGUACUAUGGAAAAGAGCUUUUCCAAAGAGGAAUGCAAACGCUUGCGAUCAUGACCCAGCUUGUGAGUCUUGAAGUAUUCAGUUUUGUUGAAGGCCAUUGGGAGACGCAUUUGCAAGCUGCCCGUACCUUGUUGGGCAUGUUCCAAAACAAGUGGGCACCUGAGCUGUUCGCAGAGAACGCAGGAGUUUCGAGCGCUGGAGAGACGUUAUCGAAUCAAUGUUCAACGCAGGAUCUCAAGGCGCUUGAGUAUUUCAUUACCUCUUUCGUCUGGGUUGAUAUCAUUGCCAAUGCCACACAUGGACCGCCACCUUUUGAUCCCAGGCACUUCAACUACGCUCCUUUACUGAGAAAUGGCUCUCUCACACCGCAGCAGACGAUGGGUUGCCAAAGCUGUAUCAUGAAAGCAAUUACCGAGAAAUGCACAAACAGAAGAAGGCUAUUUGAGCGUACUACAGCUAGUAGCACGAGCUACGAAGCUGAAUAACAGCCUUACUCUCGGUAUUCGGGCAAUCGAAGGCAGGCUC